GCGACGUAUUCGCCAUUGGGCCAGUCAGUGAGGCGCUGCUAUCUGGCUCCGACGUCUGCGUCACGCGGGGUGAGCGUUACGCAAACUUGAACGCCCAGGGCGCACUUCCGGGCGCAGCGGUGGCGUGACGUCAGGUGGAGGACAGGUGCACUGCUCUUUAGACACCUACCCUGGCAAGAGGCUCCCCUGAGCCAGCAUCACCCGGCCCUCACUGCUUGUGGCCUCUUUCCAGACUGUGGAGGGCCGCACUGGGCCAUUUUCCAAGUGACCCCCUUGAGGGCGAGGACCAGUAACAGCUCCCAAGAUGGGUGAGAGGAAAGGCGUCAACAAGUACUACCCUCCGGACUUCAGCCCUGCAAAGCAUGGCUCUCUCAACCGAUACCACAACAGCCAUCCCCUCCGGGAGCGGGCUCGGAAGCUGUCACAAGGCAUCCUCAUCAUCCGAUUCGAGAUGCCAUAUAACAUCUGGUGUGAUGGCUGUAAGAACCACAUCGGCAUGGGCGUUCGUUACAACGCGGAAAAGAAGAAAGUGGGCAAUUACUACACCACCCCCAUCUACAGGUUCCGGAUGAAAUGCCACCUGUGCGUCAACUACAUCGAGAUGCAGACGGAUCCUGCCAACUGUGAUUAUGUGAUCGUGAGCGGCGCACAGCGCAAGGAGGAGCGCUGGGACAUGGAAGACAAUGAGCAGGUGCUGCCCACAGAGCAUGAGAAGAAGCAGAAGCUGGAGACGGAUGCCAUGUUCCGCCUGGAGCAUGGCGAGGCCGACCGCAGCUCGCUCCGCAAGGCCAUGCCCACGCUGAGCAACCUGCAGGAGGCCCAGAGCGCCUGGAAGGAUGACUUCGCGCUGAACAGCAAGCUGCGCAAGCGCUUCCGGGAGGAGAAGAAGGCCGCCCAGGAGGAGGAGGAGCGGGAUCAGGCGCUGCAGGCCAAGGCCAACCUGGCCAUCCCCCUGGUGCCCGAGACUGAGGAUGACCGCAGGCUGGCCGCCCUCCUCAAGUUCCACACACUGGACUCCUACGAGGACAAGCAGAAGCUCAAGCGCACAGAGAUCAUCAGCCGCUCCUGGUUCCCCUCUAUCCUGGGUCCCGGCACCAGCAGCAGCAGCAAGGCCAGCGACAUGCUGAAGAAGCUGGCCCAGGGCCGCAAGGCCGGACCCCCCUCCUGUGCCCCCAUCACCGUGGGUGACCUGGGCAUUGUGCGGCGGGCUCGGAAUACCCCAGGGAGCCCCCAGCGUACCACUGAUCCCCCCACAUCCUGGGAACCACAAGGGCCACAGGAGAACCCCCAGAAUGGACCUGCAUCCCCCAAGGACUGCCCUCGAGACAAAACUGAGAGCCCCAAGAACAGCCCACCUUGGGAACUGGAGGGGAGCCACCAGGACGAAUCCCCUGCAGGCACCUCCCAGGAAGUGGACACCCCUCACCCUGGCUGCUCCUCACUGGUGGCUGACUACUCAGACUCAGAGUACAGUGAGUGAGGGGCUUGGGCCGUGCACAGGUGUCACCUCCAGGAGGUUCACCUGGACUGCAAGCCCUGCCUCCAGCCUCCCCACAACGCACCUUCCCGCAGCCUCACAGUUAUUUAUGGUCCAGGCCCUGGGCGCCUGUGCCUUGUAGGACCCUGACAACUCAACAUUAAAGCCCUGUUCUUUGCCCCUGCCGUGGAUUACAGCCUG